GGAGAGCCAGCAAAUCAGGACCAGUAGUGUGCACAGUGCCUGCGACUUAGAAGGACAAGGAGUGAUAUGGAAUUGUACAAUUUGUGAAGGUCCAACUAGGCCUUGAUCUCCUGCAGUGCACCGCCGUCUUUCUCCGGGACCAGGACCCUCAGCUGUCCUCCUAGGCCCCCGCGACAGCUGAAGGGUGUGCAGAGGAGGGGACUGGGGGGUCUAGGCUGUGCAGAUCACACCCUCAUCGCUGCACUCUGGGCCCAGGCUCCAUGCCCUCCCCCAGAGGCUCGGCACUAUUUUGGGUGGUGUAGACCCCGCCCCCACUCUGAGUCCUGGCGCUUCCUGAAGUUGGAGGGGUCGCCCUGAUCUUGUUGGGGCUGCACUUGAGAUCAGGGCUGCUCGUAGCAACCGCGGUAGUCAUGUCGGGCCGCACAGUACCACACGCCCACCCAGCCACUGCCGAGUACGAAUUUGCCAACCCCAGCCGCCUGGGCGAGCAGCGCUUCGGAGAAGGCCUCCUGCCAGAAGAGAUCCUGACCCCCACCCUCUACCAUGGCUACUAUGUCCGGCCUCGGGCCGCCAGAGCCGGGGAGGGCGGCAGGGCAGGGGCCUCAGAGCUCAGGCUCAGUGAGGGCAAGUUCCAAGCGUUUCUGGAUGUGAGCCACUUCACCCCAGAUGAGGUGACCGUGAGGACUGUGGACAACCUGCUGGAGGUGUCUGCCCGACACCCCCAGCGUCUGGACCGCCACGGCUUCGUGUCCCGAGAGUUCUGUCGCACCUAUGUCCUGCCUGCAGAUGUGGACCCCUGGCGAGUCCGAGCUGCCCUCUCCCACGAUGGUAUCCUUAACUUGGAGGCGCCUCGGGGUGGCCGGCAUUUAGACACGGAAGUCAAUGAGGUCUACAUCUCCCUGCUGCCUGCGCCUCCUGAUCCCGAGGAAGAGGAAGAGGUAGCCCAGAGUUGAGCCCUGACUGCCUGCGGUAGACCCAGCACCCAGCGAAUCCCCCUGUCUUCCUCCCGCGGUGAUGCCAGAAGUCCACCACAGCCCAGAGGGAGCACUGUCCUCGGGGGAUGGGAUAGGUGCGUGGUUCACAGUGUUUGGUUUGGUCCCUUGAUGUAUCUAUCCUAGCCUUUGCUUUAAUUCUGAGCGGAGCUGAAUAAACCCCAAACCUCGGCGGC